AUGCCCCAUUCCUCGUUUUAAAAAAAACCUAACUGAAUGGCUCUUUUUCUUUCUUCUUCCCUCGUCUUCCCAGCAACACAAAACGUGCGAUUUCUCCGAUCAAGAAAAAAUGGCAGACUCCAAUGAAACCUUUCCGGCGGCAGAUGUCAAGGGGGAACUGAAUCCCGCCUACGACAAGAACAAUCUCAAAGUUGAUUCCGUGUCAUCUGAGAUUUCAACUGCAAUCGAAACCAAGGAACGAAAUGAGGUGAAAAGGGAAAGAGAAAGGAAGGAGACGAUGCAAAGCCUGAAAAGGGGGAUUAUAGUGUCAGCUGUGCUGGUGGCAGUGGCGGGUGCAGCAUUUGCCAUCUUCAAGAAAUUGAAAGAGAAAUGAAGAUGCUAAGUUGCCAACAGUCGGAUAACACUGUUGUUAAAUCUUAUAGCUUCUUCUUCUCAUGAUUUUUUUUUUUUUAUAUUACAUUUCCUUAAUUUUUUUUCUAUGUUAAUUUUCUGAAAAAGAUUGUCUGUAGACACAGACAGUUCAAGAUUUUGAAUUGGAAAAUGAUUUUUUGAAAAAAAUUAAUGAAUAAUAAUGUUGCAG